GGCUCUCCGGUUCUCGCGCCUGUGUAGGGACUUCACCACCACCAUGUUGAGCAAAAGGGCAAAGGCCAAGACCACCAAGAAGCGCCCUCAGCGCGCCACGUCCAAUGCGUUUGCCAUGCUUGACCAGUCACAGGUUCAGGAGUUCAAAGAGGCCCUCAACGUGAUUGAUCAGAACCGAGACGGUUUCAUUGACAAGGAGGAUUUGCAUGAUAUGUUUGCUUCAUUGGGGAAAAACCCAGCUGAUGAGUAUCUGGACGCCAUGAUGAAUGAGGCCCCAGGCCCCAUCAGUUUCACCACGUUUCUCACCAUGUUUGGUGAGAAGCUGAAUGGCACAGAUCCAGAAGAUGUCAUCAGAAAUGCUUUUGCUUGCUUUGAAGAAGCCACAGGCACCGUUCAGGAGGACUGCCCGGGAGAGCCGCUGACAACCACGGGAGACCGGCUUACGGACGAGCAGGCGGACGAGCUGCUCAGAGAAGCUCCAUUGACAAAAAGGGGAACUUCAAUUACACGGAGUCACACGCAUCCUCACACAUGGAGCGAAAGACAAGGAUGACUGAGAGGACCUCAUAUUCCAGCCAAAUGUUCCUUGUUGCCACGUCGGGUAUUUCUGAGAUUUUUCUCUU